AAAGUUAUUAAAACAAAUAAUUACAUUAAUCAAACGCGCUGUGAUAACACUGAUCGACUCGCCGUCGAACGGUGAUUAAUCGAGGCGGCCAACGUCAUUGGGUAUUUGAUUGAUGUAAUUACGGCCGCGGCGACACGUUUCUAUUAAUCAGCGUUUCAACUCACAACACACAUCAUAACAAAUAAUCGCGUGCGAGAAAUGGAGACCAGCUCACCGAAGCUACACAUGAAGACGAAGACGUUAGAAUGUAUCAAGAUGUUGCAGGCGUACAAAAAAAUGUCCGAUCUUCCGGAUAACCACAAUCAAUUGCUGAAGGAGAAGACUAUGCUGUUGUUUAUUGCCAAUUUGCUGGCGACAAAAAACGAAGAGAUCUUGCAAUUGUGUUUGGAUAUCCUGGUGAAUUUCGUUGAUGUCAACAAGAAUCAUCAGGCUAUACUCAAUGUAUUUGGACUCUAUGAAGGCUUAAGUUAUUUAGCUAUAAAGACCAAAAAAUACUCGAAAGAAAUAAUUGAGAAAGUAAAUUACGUUUGUGAACAGCUAAAAACAGCAAUGAAACGCCCAAGAACGAACAGAGUUAAUUUCAGGAAGUAUAAUGUUUACAAUUUAUAUCUAUCCGAUUUAACUGUUGAAUCGAAGUGUUCAUAUGAAGUUUUAUUAUUGGAAGUACAAGGAAUCGUCUCUUUUGUAAUCGAUUUGGAGAGCAACUCUUGUAUGAUUCGCACAUGUAGCCCGCAUAAAAUUCAAGACAUAAUCAAAGCCAUACGCGGUUUAUCCGGCGCAACACCGCUGCUCAUCGUGUUCAACGACAAAGGCAUCAAGGAAUACGUUGAUGCGUUCGACUCCCCAGCACAGGAUCUGCAAUACGACGAUGAAAAGAGUUUUGCUGAGGCACCAAUUAGUUUCUUUCGCAGCACGUUUAGCCACACGAAGAACCGAAUUAAAACGUUACUCGAGACUGUAAACGAUCACUUCUACUGGUGAUAACUGAUAAGAACUCGCAAACCUGUUCUGUUCUGCACUUGCUUUGUAAACAACUCGAAUGUUCGUUCGUUUAGUGUACCUAGCGCCCCCUGCAAUAAAAAUAUACAACUAGAUUAGAAA